AUGUCGCUUCUGUCGCUGCUGUCUUCCAGUCCAGUUUAUAAGCCAAAGUUACACACCACCUGUGAUACUCGACGAUGGUCGGUCGCUUCGCUCCCGUCGUCUGGUUAUGAAACGCCCGGCAGCUCAGCGUUUUCGUCGCAGUACUCCUCUCAGGAAAGAAUCACUACUGCUCUGGAUGAGUUGAAGCUGAGCAGCUGCGGCAGCAUGGACAUUGGAUCAUUUUUCGAUGAGAAGGCGUAUUCUUCGUCGUUCUCGCCCGUGAUUCGAUGGCGAUCACGGAGUCUGAGCGGCAACUGCGGAACAUGUCUCCACGACCCAGUCGAAAUCUCGUUUCGCAACAACCUGUACAAAGCGAAGUUUCCGAAAGCGAAGAAGGAGAUGGAAGAGCGCCUUGAAAAAUUUAUCUUCGAGAACAACGUUCACCCAUGUUUCGACGCCCGCGUCAACGGUGACGACAGCUGCCGUCUCGGCAAAACGGCGUUUCUUGCGGUAACGGCGGCAGCGGCUGAAAAGAGUCCAAAUCUCGUGAAGCUUUUCUCUGACGGUUCAGCCAGCUUUGUACAUUACCAGAUUAUCGAGAUCGCAUGCACGUGUCUCCAGAAGUGCAGAGAAGACCAAAUAUCUUCAGAUUACUUCAUGGAAAUGUCCAAUAAUUUGGACAGUAUUCUGGCGCAAGCGAAAGAGAAGUGUCCUGAUUCAUACGACCAGCUGCGAAGUUUGGCAACGAAGCUGUUGAUUAUUGUCUCCCGUUCUGCACGAUUGCUGGAAUGCUUGGAGUUUGAUCCGAAUGAGUUUUAUCAAAUGCUAGAAAAAGCCGAGGACUUGGCCAGGGAAGCUAAACACAUCACUGAUAUUCCAAUGUAUAUCAUUUCCAAGUUGGGUCUGGAUAAAGCGCACAUCUCAGUGUUUGAACGUCACCUAAUGCUAAUCGUUCAUACAGACUUGACGUACGACAGCGACGGCCGUCAUCAGCUGCUCGAAGAUCGUCCGGAGUCAGGGAGGCAUAAAAUGUCAUCGUCGACACAGAAAGUCACAAAAGUCAGCCACGACCGUGAAGCCGAAGCGAAAGCCUCCUCUGUCAAGGUGUCAACCGCCGCCAAGCGUGUGCUCAAGGAAGACGAUUUCGACACGAUUAAGCUGAUCUCGAACGGAGCCUACGGUGCCGUCUACCUGGUUCGAGCGAAGGACACGCGUCAGCGAUUCGCGCUCAAAAAAUUGAACAAGGCAAACCUUAUGUUGCGUAAGCAGAUCGACCAGGUGUACGCAGAGAGGGACAUUCUGACGUUUGCCGACAACCCGUUUGUUGUCAGUUUCUAUGGCAGCUUUGAAACCAAGGCAAGUUUUUGUGUUAUUAAGAAACUGUACGAUGAUCUUUAUGUUUUGCAACCAAUUAAAGUUGACAUACUCUGUCGUUUUCAUUUUCAGAUGCAUCUGUGUUUACUGUUGGAGUUCGUCGAGGGCGGUGACUGUGCAACCUUACUGAAGCACGUUGGAACAUUUCCGGUGGAAAUCGCACAGCGCUACAUCGCUGAAACGGUGUUGGCCAUCGACUACCUUCAUUCUUACGGCAUCGUGCACCGGGACUUGAAACCUGACAAUCUUUUGAUCACGACCAUGGGCCACAUCAAGCUAACCGAUUUCGGCCUGUCGAAGAUCGGCCUGAUGAACAGGACUGUGAUAUUGUGCGAGGAUUACUUCGACGUAUCGGAUACUCAACAGUUCCAAGACAGGCAGAUCUGCGGUACUCCUGAGUACAUAGCGCCAGAGGUCAUCCUACGCCAAGGAUACGGACGUCCAGUUGACUGGUGGGCACUGGGCAUCAUUCUUUACGAGUUUCUGGUCGGUACAGUUCCGUUUUUCGGCAGCACGCCGGAGGAACUGUUCGCUCACGUGAUUAAUGAUCGUAUAGAGUGGCCAGAGGAGCCGUACCGGCCGUCGUCUGAAGCUGAAUCUCUAAUCACAGGCCUGCUGAAGAUCAGUCCUAUCGAACGUCUUGGAACAAUCGGCGGAGCGCUGGAAGUGAAGAUGCACCCGUUUUUCACGACCGUCGAUUGGGACUCGCUAUUGAGACAGAAGGCCGAGUUCAUUCCUCAGUUGGAAAAUGACGAAGACACCAGCUAUUUUGAUAGUACAUAUUUUGCUCACGUAGUGUUUUUUUGCUUUUGGUGUGGUAUGCCGGAACACACGGCGCGAUUGGACCGCUUCAAUCACGAAAUCGAUUCUGGUGAAGAAUGCUGGAGCGAGAAUUCGUCGUCCAUUUUCUCAUCGUUUUCCAGCUGUUCACCCCGCUACAGCUUCCUAGCUGACCAUACAAUUUUGAAGUCUGCAGACGGUCAGGACACUGCUUUGUCUUGCUCUGAAUCGAACACGGAUAACGGCUACCCGUUGUACGCGGAAAAUGGCCGCGGGGGUCGAGGCAACAGUCAGACAUCAAGUCAGGGCAGUGGUCGAACGACCAGCAGCCUGUCAGACAGUUGUGAUCUGCCCUAUCAUGACGGUAUAUCAUCUGCAGGAGCAGUGACCACUGCUGACCUGCAGUCGUCAUUGCCCGACUUCGGUCAGAAAGAAGGGGGUCACUCUUACGGCGGAAGUCGCGAUCUGAACCGCGUAAAAGGGGAGCUGCCAAAAUUGUCUGUAUCUUUCGACACGGAUGAUGCCGAAGAUCCGCUGGCCAAGGAAUUAUCACCGGUCAAUGAAACGGUGAUGGACGGCGGCUCGAGGACACGUAGUUCAUCAUCCGUAGCCGUUCGGCCUUUAUCGCCCGCCACCGCCAUUGCUAAGAUGCCACAGCAAUUAUUGUAUCGUCACCCGUCGCUAACGCGUCAACGACAGAGUCCCCGACAGAAGAUAUCGCAAGGACUGCAUCUGAUCAUACCAGAGUCGCUGAUGCUGAUGCCGGCCGUGCAGUCACCUGGCGCCAGCAGCAACAGCUCCAUCGAGGGUUCAUCCAGUCGCUCCGAUUCGUUUGAUAUUUCGCCCUUAAUCAACUCGGUGAAGCCCACCAUCGCUCUGCGCCGCGGCUACAAAGGAUUUGGCUUUAGCUUCCGCUCCAUUCGCGUCUACUUAGGCCACACGGAUUACUAUACCAUUCAACAUAUUAUCACGGUAUUUUUUCUACUAAUUAGGCUCUCGUGCAUAUUAUUUAUUAACGACUAUAUGUUUUACGUCGAUCCGAAAAGUUCAGCUUUCGAAGCUGGGCUUCGACCAGAUGAUCUCAUCACUAGCAUCAACGGUUGCCAUGUACAGAAUUCGACGCAGUCGGAGGUGUUGCACAAAUUGAUCUGCGGCGGUGAAUGGCUGACUUUGCGUGUGUGCCCGUUAGAUCAGACCAGCAUCAAGAUCGGCAAGGCGAGGAAGAGCGUUGGGAAAUUGGUGCGGCGCCGCGGUGGCGGUCGACGCAAGGUCCAGCAGCGGAGAGCCCUGGACAAAAAGAGUAAAGGAUCUCUGUUCAGAAGGCUGAGCGGCAAACGAGUGAGCGCCGAGUUCAUCACCACUCACAACCCAGCCCAGUCGUUGCACCGGUCGGUGUCAAACGCCGAGGGUUUGGCGGCCGUGCGGCCUGAGGGUACUACGGUCCCCGCCCUAACCAUUGCUCCCGCCGUCUGCUCGUGUUUGUCGACGACCAGUGGUACAUACCUCAGCCCGUCGUCAGUAAGAAGCCGCUGUUUCUCUUGCCACCUACCGGUUCCAUUCGUGUCUGAGUCAGCGCUGAGUUUCGGUCACCCGACGCCGAGCCCUAUGGCCACUGUAAACAUCACCACUCCGCCUUCACCGACCAUCGUCAAGAGCCCCAUCACCUCCUCCCGACCUUCCAGCUUCCAUGGCUUAAAGCAUAAGAUCGUAAAGACUCUGAAGUCGCCACGACGCAAGCAAACCCAAGCUAUACCAUUGUCGCCUUUGGCCCGAUCGGACCAAUCGUCAUCGACGUUGCCCAACGAUCCAGCGGUACAAUCGUCUCCGCAACACAACGCGGAACGUGCCCUUAGCGGCGGCGGUUCAGUGGCCAGUCACGCCACUUUAAACGCCCGCUCAUGUUACGAAUUUCCGGUCAUUCUUCCAAAGCCCACUUCCACCAUCGGUUCUGCUGCCUCAUCCAUUUCGCCAACCCAGUCAGUUGAAUGCCGAACUAGCAAAGAAGCCGGAAGCGUAUACAACCCGAAAUCGAAGACAGUCUUAAGCACAAAUCUUGUUUUGCGAUAG